AUGGAGCGAGGGGAAGAGCUGCACGUCCCAGAUCUCAGCAAAGGCGAGGACGAUGAGAGCUGGCCGGGCCCCCAAACAGGUGAGAGGCUGGCGAGCAUGGCUGGGGCAGAGGAUGCUGCACCGGGAAGAGGUGGCACCAGCACCGAUGUGGAGCUGGUGGGAGCGUGGCACAAAGACCCUGCUGUGGGGGCAGAGGAAGUUGUUGAGUGUGGGAAGAGCUUCCGGCAGAGUGCCACGCUGACAAGGCACCAGCUCCUCCAUGCGAGCGAGAGGCCUUACAUCUGCACCACCUGCAGCAAAGGCUUUUGCGACCAUGCGGCGCCGGCCACGCACCAGCGGGCGCACAGAGGUGAGCAUCCCUUCCCCUGCCUGGCAUGCGGCAAGGCCUUUGCUGGCAGCUCAGCGCUGCUGGUGCAUCAGCGAGUGCACACCGGUGAGCAUCCCUACCGCUGUGGGGAGUGCGGGCAGAGCUUCCGGCAGAGUGCCCAUCUGGCACGGCACCAGCAGGGCGCCCACGCCAGCCAGCGCCCCCACGCCUGCGCUCACUGCGGCAAGAGCUUUGGGCUGCGCUCCACGCUGGCACGGCACUUGCAGACACACAGUGUCAAACGCCCCCAUGCCUGCCCUGACUGCCCCCGCCGCUUCCGCCAGCGAGCCCACCUGCUCCGGCACCAGCUAGCGCACACAGGUGAACGUCCCUUCCCCUGCCUGGUCUGUGGCAAAGCCUUUGCCCUGAGUGCCACAUUGCUGCGGCACCAACUGGUGCACACGGGUGAGCGCCCCUACCGCUGUGGGGAGUACGGCAGCUAUACACAGAGCUCCUACCUGCGCCAGCACCAGCGCAGUGCCCAUGCUGGCCAGCGCCCCCACACCUGCCCUGACUGCGGCCGUGCCUUUGCUGACCGUGCCAACCUCCUGCGGCACCAGCGGGGCCAUACAGGCGCCCGACCCCACACCUGUGCUGAGUAUGGGUGGUGCUUUGCCCAGCUGCUUGCCAGUCUGGUGGAGCACCGCCGGCGGCACACGGGCAAGAAACCUCACGAGUGCUCCCACUGUGGGCGCCGCUUCCGCCACCGCUCAGCCCUGCUUCGCCACCAGCACUCCCAUGCUGGGGAGCGCCCCUUCCGCUGCGGGCAGUGCAGUUGUGGCUACACCCGCAGCUCCAACCUCCUGCUGCACCAGCGGGUGCAUGCUGCUGAGUGA